CUCCCAAAAAGCAACAUAAUCACCCAAAAAAUUUCACUCUUCUCUCCAACUGAAUUUGUAGUACACCGACGCAGAAAUGAUCCUCUCUUUGUCAAUAAUGUUUCUCUGGGCGAACUCGAUCCUCGCAGUGACGGAGUCUGAACUGGCAGCAUACUGCUUCAAUAAGUUCUUCGCUCAAUCGUACGGGACAACAGAGACUCUUCGGAAGUACCCAUACCAAGGUGGUAAAAAUGAUCGUUGCUUCAAUGACCAUGACUGCGCCAACUCCAAGUUGUGUCAUUACUCAAAAAAGUUGUGUGACACGGAUCUCCCCAAUAGUGAUCCAAGAGUUGCUGAUUGUUCCUACGCCGCUCCCAAACAGGACCCUUUUACAAUGCAAUGUGGGAAUACCGAUUUCCCAAACCGAUGGAUGGAGCUGAAAAAUGCAGGUUAUUAUCAAAAGGUAUAUGGCAACCUAACUUGGGACCGACGGUUCGGUUUUGUAUCCACCAAUACUCGUCCUUGGGCUGUAGCUAUGUCAUUGGAGGACAACUAUUCCAAGGGAAUUGUAUGUGAAACUAGCUUUUUGAGGAGCGCAGCUGGACUGCAGCCAAUAGUUUGGGACAACUGCUUGUCGGCAGCUGCGGGCAUCCUGUUAUAUGAUAUGCACAUGGCUAGAGAAUGCUUUCCGGAAUUCAUGUUUGAAGAGACCAAAAAGACUUACUUUAUGGAGCACUGUGGGGAAGACGUGAUGAUUAACGUGUUCGAUUCAAUGAAUUGGUACCCUGCCGGGCGAAACUCUGAAGACUCGGGUGCCUGGAUCGUGAAACGGGAAUGGUUCGACACAGUAGGAAUGCUCAAGUUUCCCGUGAGAAACCAAGGGGGGAAUGUUGUUGCGGGGCCACACUAUACUUAUGCAUCAAGUGAGACUUGCAUGCGCAACACGAUCUAUCAUUCGGAAGCCGACCCAUUCAGGAAGAUGAUGUGGCAUGAUAUCACAAAAAUGGGAUGUUACCAGUCUACAUGCGGUCCUUAUGAUGAUUACAUCCUAAUUUGCGCCUACGCUGGUGGAUCGAAUAUGAUGAAUGACAACUCUCCUGUGUUCUCGUAUGAAAACUACCUCGAGCUGAAUGAUUCGGCCUAUUUGAACCCCUUCGAUGGGCUCCCGAUCUGUUAUAACUAAGUGAUGAUUUUACAAUUGUGUCACGACAGUGCAGCAUGACACCACAGUUGAAACUGUAAAAAGCUGGAUUAUGAGAAUAAAUAUAUGGUGCGACACCUAAAACACUUAAUUUUAAUAUAUCUCGUCAAACAACUAGGGACAGCCUAUGUGAUGUAUGAGGGAACGGUGUUUCUAACGGUGUGUUUUUAUUCUGACCCCAAAUUAGCGGUGUGUUUCUCUUCUGGAACUGAUGAGCAUUUCUAUUCUAAUUGCAAAAUAUAAGCAGUGUGGUUUCCUUAUAUUGCGAUAUUUGAUGAUUGAAUUGCAGGUUGAGGUGAAAAUGAAACUGAAAUUUAUCAAAUUGAAGUAUUUAUUGGUGA